AUGGCACAUUCAUGUAUUCAAUUAAAUGAUUUACCGGAUGAAAUUCUUGUGAUUAUUUUCAAAAAAUUGAAUAAUAUCAUACUACUUUAUUCUUUAAUGGGCAUCAAUAAACGAUUAGAUAAAAUUUUACAUGAUUCUAUUUUUACUAGUAAUUUAAAAUUAUUGAAUUAUUCAUCAUAUGAUUCUAUUUAUUCAUUAUCUAAUUCAAUGCUUGAUCGAUUUUGUUUGCAAAUCUUACCUAAAAUUAAUAACAAAAUUAAAUCGUUUAAUCUUGAAAUAUCAUCAAUGAAACGUAUUCUUCUCUCUGCAAAUUAUCCUAAUUUAUUUGAACUUGGUAUAUUUAAUAUUGAAAAGGAGGCUGCUUUGUGUCUCGUUACACAUCAAAAUUCUUUAAUUCAUAUGUUUAAAAAUCAGAUUUCAUCAUUAAUAAUUGGAACUAAAAAUAGACUAGGUGUGUCACGUGAUGUGAAUACACUUAUAUUUACAAAUAUAUUUUCUGUAUUCAACAAUUUAAAAUAUUUCAAUUUUGAUCCAUCUUCGAUUUGUUAUCAAACAAUAUCAUUCAAAAAUUCAUCUUCACCUAUCUUCUCUUCAACAACUUUGCUAGAAUUACAUGUCAAAGUAGAUGUUAUUGGCGAUUGUCUUUAUUUACUUGAUGGCCGUUUUAAUCAACUUCGUUCUUUCCAUGUUCAUAUAUUAAUGCCAUUUAGAUAUUCGAUGUUACAAUUAAAUACAGAAAAACUACCAAAUCUAAAAAAUUUUUCGUUGUCCUCAUGUAGUCUGAAAAUACUUUUCUAUGAUGAAAUAGUUAUACCACUUUUACAUCGAAUGUUGAAUUUAGAACAACUUAAUCUAUAUUUUUAUUGUUCUCGCCAAAAAACAUUUGUUGAUGGAAAUGAUUUGAGAACAAAUAUUUUGAAUCAUUUACCACAAUUAAAAUCAUUUGCAUUUAAUAUUCGCUCAUCAAUUGAUUCUGUUAAUCAAAUUAAUUUACCAUCAAAUGACUAUAUUCAACAUACAUUCAGAGAAUUUAAAUAUAAAAAAAUUUUAUCUUCUGUUGAUUAUUUUCCAGAUUCAAACAGUGGUGAAUGUUAUAUUUGUUCAUAUCCAUUUACAAUGACAUGUUAUGAACGUAUUACAAAUAAUUUUUCAGGUCAAGUAUUUCAAUCUGUUUGUGAAGUAUCAUUAUAUGAUGAACGUUCUUUUGAACAUGAAUUUUUUCUUCGAAUUGCUCAAUCAUUUCCAUUUAUGAAAAAACUAUAUGUAAUUAAUGAUAAACCACAAAAUGAUAAACAAUGUAGAAAAUGGAAAGAUAACAAUAAUAAUUUAUUAAUUAUUGAAUAUCCUUAUCUUGUUCAUCUUGAUCUUGGUCAAGCUCAUCAUGAUUAUGUCGAACAAUUUCUACUUGAUAGCAAAAUGUCUUUACCAAUUAAUGUUGAACUUCAUGUCAUGUAUGAAUCUUUAAAAAAAGUAACACGCAAUUUUAAAAGAAAUGCAACACGAAUUAAUUGUUCAAAAAUCAAUUAUAUAUGUACAGAUCGAAUUUCUCCAUAUCCAAAACAUUUGAAAGACUAUUUUCGUAGUGCAUAUCUACCUACACUUUGA